AUGGAGGCGAAGUCGUCCCUGAUUGGCCUCUUCGGCCUACUUUGCCUCGUCCUGCAAAGUGCAGAGGUUUUCGCAACCGCUUUGGGGGAAGACUCCGGUUCCGUCGAUCCGAUGACGGAACUCCGGUUCCGAGGCGAGACUACCGCAGUCGCCCACCGGAAGCUGAUGCAGACUGCGUCACCAACUCAGGCGCUAGGUGCGGUUGCGUCCAUGUGCCCGCCUACUGACCUGAUGUCGAAGCCGCUGACCCGGGUCAUCUGUUACUACGUCGUGACGACUGGUGGGGUCGAGUCCAGUGCGAGGGCGGAUUGCACGUACAACGCAACCGGUGCUCUUCUCAAGCCUUCAAUAAUACCCGCGGUCUCCUGCCCAGUAAUGGUCGUCCCCAACUCUUGUCCCGCGUCGGUUCAGCAGAACGUUGCAAGUGUAGUGAGGCUCACAUGCCCCGUCAUAAAUUCGACCUCGAACCCGUUGACGCGAUUCGCGUGUCUGUACGGAGUCCAGCAGAGUGUCCCAGCCAGCUUUAACACUACAUACGCGGACUGUUUCUACAACACGACCGGUGCACUCGUGCAGUCGCAAGUGGAUGAUCCAAAUAUCCUCUCCUGCCCAGGUGGGCUAUAA